UCCAUAGAUAUGAAUUACUCUAGGUUCAUGACCACUGUGAGUGCAGCAAGAAAAGCAUCUCCAAUAAGACUUCUGACUGAAUUGAUGCAGAGGUCUCCUCCAUCUCUCAUCUCUCUGGCUGGAGGGGCACCAAAUCCUAAUCUUUUUCCAUUUAAGAGGGCAACUGUUGACAUUGGACAUGGAACUCCCAUUGAGAUUGGGGAAGAUCUGAUGAAGAGAGCUCUCCAGUACUCAGCCUCAGCCGGGAUUCCAGAGCUGGUGUCUUGGCUAAAAGAUUUCCAGCGGACCUUACAUGAUCCCCCCACAGCCAAUUACAGUCCUGAGCAAGGACAGAUGGAAGUGUGUGUCACAACUGGCAGCCAGGAAGGCUUGAGUAAAGUGUUUGAAAUGCUCAUUAAUCCUGGAGAUAACAUCCUUUUGGAUGCACCCACAUACUCUGGGACACUAGCAGCUCUGAGACCCUUGGGUUGUAAUAUAAUUAAUAUUCCUAGUGACCAACAUGGCAUUAUUCCAAAAGCUUUAAAAGAAAUUCUGUCUGCUUGGAGCCCAGAGGAUGUAAAAAACUGUAGCAAUCACCCCCCCAAAUUCCUGUACACUAUUCCAAAUGGAUGCAACCCAACUGGCAACUCACUGACUGCAGAGCGCAAAAAGGAGAUUUACCAGCUUGCAAGAAAAUACGAUUUUCUCAUAAUAGAAGAUGAUCCUUAUUACUUUCUUCAAUUUCAAAAGCCAUGGGCUCCAACUUUCCUCUCAAUGGAUGUGGAUGGCCGAGUUAUCAGGACCGACUCUUUCUCUAAAAUUCUCUCAUCUGGUUUGAGAAUAGGUUUUCUGACGGGUCCCAAGCCUCUCAUCGACAGAGUUGUUCUACACAUUCAGGUGUCAACAAUGCACACCAGCACUUUCACACAGAUUAUGGUAUCACAGCUGCUUCAGCAAUGGGGACAAAAGGGUUUCUUGGAGCAUAUAGACAGAGUGGUGGACUUCUACAGGAUCCAGCGGGAUGCAAUGCUCACUGCUGCUGACAAGUGGUUAAAAGACUUGGCAGAAUGGUAUCCUCCUGCUGCUGGCAUGUUCUUAUGGAUCAAAAUCAAGGGUAUUUCUGAUACACAACAGCUGAUAAUGGAAAAGGCUUUGAAGAAAGAAGUGUUACUGGUUCCUGGAGGAGCAUUCAAUAUUGAUAGUUCAGAGCCUAGUUCUUUUGUCAGAGCCUCCUUCUCUCUGUCUUCUCCUGCCCAGAUGGAUCUGGCCUUCAAGAGACUGGCUGACCUUAUAAAAGAAUCUUUGUGAAAAAGCUAAAUAGAGCACUUGCAGUAAUAAAAAUCAUCUCCAGAAAAUAUUUGGAUUAUAUUAACAUUUGGAAUUCUUCAGAAAAAUUUAUAAGCAAGCACAAUACAGUGGAUGUUUCCUUAGAUCUUUUCAGCUAAAAAAAAAGAUAGAAAAUGGAAGUGCCAAACAAUUUACAAUUUACUAAUUUAUUUUUUACAAUACAUUGCAUUACUAAAUUUAUCCAAUUCAGAAGAAUUUAAAAUACUCAAAACCAAAAUAUUCUAUUUCCUGUAAAAUCCAUGGUUUUGUUAGAUUUGAAUUGAUUUUUGUUCUGACUUUUGUUUUCCAUUUGAGUUGGGAAACAGAAAUCAUUUACUUAGACAGUUGCACUUGAGGUGGUCUUAGCUACUAAUACUACUUAGUUACUGAUACAUUCCUCCAAAAUAUUAUGUUGGAAUUUUUUCAUGUGUCUCUUCCAUUCUUGUCCUACUGGAUGGCAUCUGGUUUUAAUGAUUUGAAGAUCAGUAUUUAAUUUUACUGAAGUUUAGUCAGAUAAAGCUGAUAUAAGUAUGUUAAAAAAUUGAAACUGAUCCAGCAAAAUGAGGCUAUGAUUACAAAUAAACUGAGGUUCCUGGUAAUUUGCAAGGGCAUAGCAGCUCAUUCUCUAUUUUGUAAAAGGUAUUCUGAUUGCUGGUUUUGCAUCAGUCUGUGAAUAAUUACUCUGUACCUGUGUUAGAAAGUCUCUGGUUUGCCAAGGCAUAUGGAUGUGCUAAAGGAACUACACUUGCUUAUUCAAUCAGAUGUGGUUUUGAAUGGAGAGUGUAAGUAACUGAACAGGGGACAUGGUGGAGUGGACACUACCCUGACACUGCCAGAUGCAAACAAAAUGAAAUAAAUAAAUAAAUGUUUCA